AAGCAAUGCCUCUUGCCCCUUAUAAACUCUUGCGCUUUGACCCUAUAUUCAAUGGGCUCAGAGAUGAUGCUAUAUCUGAAGUCAUUACGGCCCCUAUUAGGAAAUCUAUGUUACCCCAAGUACUUGCUCCGGGGGAGCCUAUCGAGAGCGCUAUACGUGAUCUAAAUGCUCCAGCAGCACUACAUAACUUUGGUAUGCCAAGUGCGUGUCAAACUUACGCUGAUGCUGUUCUUCAAAGCUUGCAAGAGGCUCUUAAAAUGCAUUUCUCAAGUCAAGGACUAGCAGUGCAUGUGACGUCUCCGGCACACCAGGACACGGUGCAGCUCAAUCAAAACAGUACAUUUCACUUACUAAAAGAUCGAGUACACCUCCUACUACCUAUAUUCGCUAAUGCAUGCACUAUUGUUUUUGAACAAGUAGAUCCGUUGCUUAUGCGGCUAUUGGAACAUGCAGCUGAGUGGCGGCCAGACGAAGUAUUGUGUCUUCAAAGUGAUAUAGGCUUUUCUGUACCGGGAGGAAAUAUUCGCUUUGUCCUAUCUGACUAUCCAAUAAGCCAAAACUCGUCUAAUGCAGCGACAACUUGACGAGUGCCUGGUUUGUCCAAUAAGUUGUGUAUUGCCGCAAGGCUAUGUUUUAUGUUAGUCGGUGCUAAAGCAUGACCAUGGAGUGAUUUAGCUCACCUUACUUUGCCCUUGAGAUUAGAGUUCACCAAAUCCGGUAUAGAGAUACUAGCUGAGUCCCAAAUUUGAGGCGGUAUUGAUGCUCUGGCCAGUAUUUCUUGUCUGAUGUAAUCUUUGCUACCCUUAUAACUUAGACUUAAAAACAGCGACAGCAUCACAG